CGGACAGUGGUUGAAGUGUGGUUAAAAACGAUUCCGACCACCAGAGGCGCUGUUGCAGAUGCAUCAACUGAAGAAGAAACAUCAAUUUUUUUUUGAAGUCACACUCACACACCAUUUUCAGUCUGUCAAAAAGACUAAUCGCAACAAUGAUGAUGACCAAAAUUAGAAAAAAUCCAAUCAAAUAACCGAAUCCGUAUAUCAAUAUUUUAAAAUAAAUUCUCUUUACUUUUUUUCGGAUAAGCGCAAAAAUGUGGGCAGAAGCAAGGAAACAGGAGCGUAAGAUACGUGGUAUGCUUGUAGACUAUCGCAAGCGCGCUGAACGUCGUCAAGAUUUUUAUGAAAAAAUCAAAGCCGAUCCAACGCAAUUUAUGCAAAUCCAUGGCCGUCGAUGUAAAAUUCAUCUUGAUCCCGCUGUUGCUGCGGCCGGCGAGAGUCCAGCCAUCAUGAUGCCUUGGCAAGGACACACAGAUAAUUUGAUUGAUCGAUUUGACGUACGUGCGCAUUUAGAUUACAUUCCCCCGUUAACAAAAUUAGAACCAGAUGAACCCAGCCAAGAGGAGCGCCAAUGCAACUAUGAGAGUUUUCGGAUUUUAGCACAAAAUGAUUUUCUCGGAAUAAAUGAAGACAAAUAUUUGCAUCAGUUGCACCUGGAAGAGCAGUACGGCGUGAAUGCCCAGCAAUUGGAAUUGGAAAAAGCAAAAAAGAAAAGCAAUAGCACUAACAGUGGUGGUGUCGCUAUUGGCUAUACAUACAAUCAGGACGAUAUAGCCGAUCAAAAUCAAAGUGGCUUCAAUUCGGCUAGUAUAAUUGCCAGUGCUGCCGGUGGUAAUUCAGCGCAGGAUGAAUCCGAUUCCGAUAUCGAUGUUGAUGUUUCAAUCGAUAUAAAUAAAAUUGACACGCAACAGGCGCACGAAUUGAAUGGAUAUGGACGUUCAUAUGGAAUGCAUAGUAACGACUUUUAUUCAUUCCUCACCAAAGAUGCCGAUGAAGCGGAAUCGUUGCGAAUGGCGCGUGAGGAAGAGCAAGAAAAAAUCAUUUUAUGCGGACGCAAAAGUCGGCGAGAAAGACGUGCACAGAGAGAGAAACGUUUUGCAGGCCGUCAAACAAUCAGCCCGCCAAGCUAUGCGGCGAAAGAAGAAUCUGCUAAGCUCGUAGCCGAAGAUAAGAAUGAUUCCGACUCGCGAUCACCAACACCUGAAAAUUCCGGAAAAAUUACGUACAUCACAUCUUUCGGCGGAGAGGAUGAAUUGACUUCACACUCGAAAAUAUCGAUAAACUUCAAUAAAACGGCCAAGGGCACAUUGGGCAGUGAACUGGUGGCUAACCGUCUUGCAAAUGCAGCGAAAAUCGCCAGCGGCGAAACCGUAUCAUAUGCUGAUAAAGUUAAACAAAAUCUAGAAAAACUAAAACAUUUGAACGAUCAACCAAAAUCGCCAAGGAAACCAUUAGCAUAUCAAAGGCGUGGACACACGAAGAGUCGAUCUCGUUCACCUUCGAAAUCAUCAUAUCAUCGGAACUUCAGGUCAACGCAAACAGCGAGGAGGUAUCGACGUUCGCAAUCACGUUCAUCGUCAAGAAGGCACCGAACAUAUCAUAGAAGUCGUUCUCAUUCGCGAGACCGCCAUCGCCGACGUUAUUCGACGUCUUCGUCUUCAUCCACUUCCUCAUCAUCGAAAAGACGAAACCGACUGCAUCGCUCAUUGUCGUCCAGCUCAUCGUCGAGCUCGUCAACAUCCAAGAGUAGCAGCAGUUCCACGAGACCUUCACCACCGCGCAUAGUAACCACAAAAGCACGCUCAAAGUCUUUGGGACGAGAAAAACCCAUUUUAGAUUCAAAACCGCAAACCAAGGAACCAGAAAAGCCAGUUCGAAUAGUUGAAAAAUCAACGCCUUCAAAUCAAAAACCAACAAUAAUAGCACCUAUUAAUCCAACACCAAUCGAAAUACCUCCAUCAGCGCUGCCUGUAAUUAGAGAGGAGCCAAAAUUGCCUGAAGUGCAAGUUCCCAUUAAGAAAUAUUACGGUCGAAAACGAGACAGUCAAAGUUCUUCGUCGGAGGCUGAGCUCUUCGAAGAACCCGAAUCGACCGGAAAGUCGAAAUCUGAUUCAACGUCAUCUACUGUUAAAAAUAUAAAUCUUGGUAAAGCAGCAAUCAUCCAAACCAAAGAUUCAACAUCGUCUGGCGCUGCAUCGAGACCCGCAUUGAAUCCACGUGAUCGACUGAAGAAGAAAAUGCAAAUUUUAUUGAACAAGCAAUAUAAAGCUGAUAAAAUGGCUGAAAUCGAAAAGAAUGAGCGGCAAAUUCAGCAACAACAAGAGCGUGACGAUGAAAUGCGAGAAAUGGCUCUCAGACUAAGACGAAGACAACGCGAAUUGCGCCACAAAUACGGUUCCCCCGGCGGGGAGAGUGACAAGAGCGAUGGCUCAGUCGCGUCGAGCAGCCAUAGUUCAGCAAACAAUCGAACUGAGACACGUCAAAGAUCAAGGUAUCGUUCACGCAGUCGUUCAUGUCACUCUCGUUCCAGAUCGUAUGAAUCAAGGAGAAGAGAACGCGGUAAAAAUUCGUAUCGACGGCACAGCCGCGAUAGUUCCAGACAUCGAAGAAGCCGUGAACGUAGCAAGAGACGUUCAACAUCGAAAGACUAUCGACGUAGGAGCAAGUCAACGGAGCGCCGACGAAACAAUGAUCGGCCAAGGAAGUUAGUUGACUACUGAAAUCACAACAACAAUAUAAAAACACAAUUCGCCCUGUUUUUGAAAUGUUCCAUUUUCAACCAAUGUUUUCCAAUUGUACCGAUUCAAUUGAAUUUAAAUAAAUCAAUAUUGUAUAGAAAGCAGAAAAAA